AUGGAUGGCAGUCUGCUUUUGACUUCCAUUGCUCAUAACAACGUUAGGUACAUCUGCUAUGAUUGGAAGUUGAUACCUGUGGAUGAUCAUGGUGUCGCCUUGGUCGAACACGAAAAAGACUUGCGUCUGUUUCCUUUGACUCAGCACGGGCGUAACUACGUAGUGGUUGAUGAACAGACCACUGUUAAAUUAGCGUCCUUCGAUGAUUUGUUCGGUAGAAUUACAAAUUCUGCUAGUCUUCCUCUUAAAUUUAUAAAAAAUGGUCGCUCUUUGUUUUUGGAUGAUGGCUACUCGUUGUCAAUCUAUGAAGUUUCAAAAGAUGAAUCUUCUAUAACCAGAGUUUCGAAGAUUGAAUUCCCCGAAAACUAUCGUUGGUCGUUGAUAAGGGAGCACUAUGUGAUCAUUGGUGAUGAGAAAGCCGUUCUUUCCAGCCCUGCAUUCAAAUCCAAAGUGACUAUCAGUAAUAAGCUGCUAAACGUGGUUACAUUAAUCCAGAAUAGAAAGUACUUACUAGUCUACAAAGAAAAAUACAGCAUACUCACAACGAUAGGCAGUAUAGAUCUGUGGAAGCUAGUAGAAGAGUAUCCAGUGUCUUUGCCUUUAAAAAAUGCUAUCGUUUCACCAGUGAUGAAUAAAUUGUAUCUGGUAAAUGAGAACAACCAUAUAUUCUCCAUCAACACGAAGAACAAUAAUAGGAAAAAGAAUAAACAAUUCCGUUUGCAUUAUCAUUUAACCCUUCCAUUUUUUGUUGCCUCUUCCAUUGCUUUGGAUGAUCGUAUUCUUUUGGUUUCUACAGAGGAUUUUGGUGUCCUAAGAGUGGACACUGGAAACUCAAAGCCAACAUUUGAACAGUUUCUCUCUCCAAAGGUACCUAUCCAAGAUUUGGCAUUCAUGCAUUCCAGUUCAAGGGAAUUGACCACCAGAGAAGGUUUUGUUGACUGGCCGGUAACUUGCCAUAGAAUUGUUCGGCCUUCUAACUUGUCUCUUCAUAUAUCCCCAUUCUUGAUCACACAGAGUAACCUGGUUGCUUCCUUGGUUUCCAUAUUAGAUAUUCCAAGAGCAGAAUACACGUCGUUCAAAGUUUUAGACUUUGACAACGUGUUUGACUAUUGGGUUUCUGAUAGAAAUACCCUGGUUGUCAGGCAUUUUGAUCUAACCAUUUCCUUAUAUUCAAGGAACCCAGAAUCCAAAAUCCCGAUGUUGAAGAAAUCAGAAACCUUUUUUCAAGUUCCCAUUGAUAAAAUUAACUUAAAGGAUGUUCUCAGUGUUAAGGAUAACUGUAUCCUGUACAACGACAAGUGUAUUCAGGUUUCCGCUGGCAGAGUUGAAACUUUUUACGUCUCCACGCCCUUGGAUUCGUUUGAUAUUAUACCGAAUUACGGCAUUGUAUAUUGUGCCAACGGCAGACUUGAAUUUCUGUCGUUCCAGUCUAAUGCAAUUGAUUUUAUCCAAGCUGGGAGUUAUUAUUCCAUCAAGGCUCUUAAAGAAUCUGAACACCUUCAUAUACUAUUCACAGACGGUGCUCAACUAUAUUACCGUAACAUCUCUUCACGGCAUUUCUCAAACAGUGUUUCCAGUAUCAAGCUACCAGGUAUUCUAGAACUAGAAUUUAGACAGCCCGAAGUAUUCUGCUGUUUGACCUCUGAUGGAGGUUUCCAUGAUAUUAUUUUUAAUGAAGUGGACUCCAAUCUAUAUAUAAAGAGACAGAGGAUAAUUGGUGGUGCAUCUUUCUCUCGAACUCACCAUAAGAGUAAUGAGCUUAUACAUUUCUGGGGAAGUCCCACCGUAAGUCAUGGGCUGCAGCACUGUGAAUAUACAGGGUUCACGUCUUUUUCCCUGCCGAUUGAGUGUCAGAAGCCCUUAAUGGUUUUUGAAAAUUCGUUGCUUUAUGGUAAUAGCCAGGGGUUCUUUCUGCUUCAGCUACCAGUGCUCUCACCUGAAAAGUACAGGAUCAUGAAUGUUAACAAGCAGUUCUUUUCCGGAUUUCUUCGCUGGACAUUCCCCCUUUUGCAUACUGAGAAUGGUUUUUUAUUUGCUGCCAUAUCUCUCAAACCGGUUCAUGAUUUUCGAAUGGAAGCCACUUUGAUGCUACUAAAUCAGGAAUUGGAUAUUAUCUACCAAGAGUCCUACCCUUUCACCUUUAGCAAUGUCACAGUUCUAGAUGAGCUUUCAAACUUGUCCAAGUUUUCUCACACAGUCAAUAAUCUGCAUGAAUCAUUUAUAGUUGCCUAUAGCAGACCUGGCGAGGAUGUAUUACUGGUAUUGUAUACUCUUAGAAAGAACUCUGAGGGGUUCUACUUGGCCAACGAAAACAUUACCUUGGACUCUAUCAAAUAUGUCAAAGACAUUUCGGUUUUUGACAAUCAAAUAAUAUGCUCAGGAACUGGUUCAAAAAUUGUGGAAUUUAGGCAUGACGGUUCUUGGGCCUUGGAAGCUGGUCGUUUACUUUCUUCUGACCCGGAUCUUCGACAGACAAUAAUCUUGGGUGAUAAAUCUCUUCUUCAACUCACUAAUUCAGGCUUCUACGCAGAUGGCGAUCUGAAUUGGGAAGAACAGAUAGGACAAAUUGAUAAGAUCGAUAGAGUUAUACUCUUGAGAAAAGAUGUGUAUUGUUUUGCCAGCUUGACAGGUGGAAAAGUAUACAUUGUUGAGAUAAAACAAGAUUUUGAACUUACAUUGAUCAACCAGCAGAAUUUCGCAAGCCCGAUCACUUGCAUUUAUUAUGACAUUGUAUCCUGUAAAAUAUUCGUUGCAAUUGAUCGGGCCAGGUUGUUUUCAAUGGUUGGUGAAAAGUUCAAUUUAAGUCAUAUUGGAGGGAUUCCAUUCUAA